UACGGGUCGCUUUUUUCCCCUCCUCUAUCCUUUCUUUUCCCUUCCUCCGGGCCGUUCCUCCUAUCUUGUUGUCCCCAAAACUCGUGCAGUGUAUCCGGAGUAUUCCGGAGUGUGCUUAGAGCCAUCACAUGGUAUUUUGCACUCGCCACAAGUGGUCAAGGUAUUUACGACUCCCGAAAGAUAAACGCUUUUCCUGUAAUAGAAGACUUUUGGUAACGCGUACACACACGAUGAAGUUACUUUUGCUGGACACAAUUCGGUCGUUACGUAAAAACUCUUACUAGACCAGCGUUGAUAGACUCGAAAGGGAAACGAAAGUUGAAGAGGCUGAGGACACGCGCGGACCUUGAAUCAUUCUCAUCCGCAUUAAAGAGACCGCGCGCUACUAUUGUAUGAGUUUACGGAUCAAUAGAAAAGGCAAGAUCGGAAAGUGCAUUGUUGCGUAAUUAGUGGAAAGUACAGCAUCGAUUAGGUGAUGGUGAACGAAUUCCACGUUGCUCUUCGUAUCUCUUGUGGGGCACAGUGGUCGGAGUGUUUGGAAACCGGACACCGAACGGCUAAACAGCGGCUCGGUAAACCGCACGAUUGGCACGGGCUCAUAAAAUGUUCGUUUAGCAACGGACUGAAAUCGGUAAUAAGAUUCGCAAAUCGGUAGACGCGUGUGUUCGCGAGGUCUCUGCACGGCGAGACGGUAUAACGAUGAGAAUCGGGGGACCGUGAGUCAUCUACAGGUGCCCAUAAACAAUUCCAAGACGUGUAAAUGAUCGUAGGCAGUACAGCAACAGCAUCAGUAGCGGCAACAGCAGCGUAGCAGCCGCAGCUUCGAAUCGCACCCUUUGACUUUCCGAGGCGACGCGCAACAGUUGGGUCGGCGUCGAACAAACGGAACAAGCAACAAGCAUCGCGCCGAUAUCCGGUGCACAGUUGACGGCCAAUCGAAACGAUCAUGGUACCAUGAAUAAACAUCGAGCUGUUAAAAAAAGAACGCGAUCGUAAAUUGUUCGUCGUAGUCAGAACGCCUGUUUCCGCCGUCGAAAAUGUGGAGUCUGCUGAAGGAAUGCUCCGAACAGUUCCUGCUGCUGGGACUGUUCCUAGGGAUUUUCUACUAUUUCUUCACGACCACGUUCAAUUUCUGGGAAAGCCGCGGCGUGCCGUUUCGAAAGCCGAUCGUGCUCUUCGGAAAUUUCGCGCCUCUGCUCUUAUUUCGCGAGUCACUGCCGGAAUGUAUAAAGGAGAUGUACGAGUGGUUCAAGGACGAACGAUUUUUCGGAGUGUUCCGAGUUCGGUCGCCCGUCCUGAUCCUCCGCGAUCCCAAUCUGAUCAAGGAUAUCUGCGUGAAGAAUUUCUCGUGCUUCUCGAACCGCGGUAUACCGGUGAAUUCGCAGGAUCCAUUGUCCGGCCACCUGUUCAACCUCGAGGGCAAGAAGUGGAAGAGCCUCAGGGCUAAGCUGACCCCGGCCUUCUCCUCGGGCAAAUUGAAGAGGAUGUUCUAUUUGUUGGAAGAGUGUAGCGAAGAAUUCCAAAAGCUGAUCGACGAGUCCUCGAAAACUGUCCGGCCGAUCGAGGCCCGCGAAUUAGCUGCGAAAUUUACAAUAGACGUCAUCGGUACCUGCGCGUUCGGCAUACAGAUCAAUGCUCUCACCGACGAGGAAUCCGAGUUCCAUAGAGCUGCCAAGAAACUUUCCAAACCGAGCUACAAGACCACGCUUUGGAGGAUGCUCAGAACCGCCGUACCGAAACUUUACAAGUUUCUCGGUGUUCAGGUCAUUGAUCCGGGGGUGACGGAAUUCUUCAAGAACGUCGUGUCGCAAAUGAUCAGCCAGAGACAAAAGCACGCUGUCAAGAGGUACGACUUCAUGGACCUGUUGAUCGAGCUGAAGAACAAAGGUACCUUGGAGAACGACUCGGGAACCGGACAAACCGAUAACAUGAACGAUGGAGAGGCCGCCGAGGAAAUAGAAUUGAACGAAAACAGUAUCGCCGCGCAAGCGUUUGUGUUUUUCGCUGCCGGUUAUGAAACGUCGUCGAACACAAUCGCGUUUUGCCUUUACGAGCUGGCACUGAACAGUGAAAUUCAAGAAAAGACGAGACGAGAUAUUCGCGAUGCUAUUGAGAACGGAGACGACAAAUUAACUUAUGACGCUGUCCAGGACAUGAAAUAUCUUGACAUCGUUAUUGCAGAAACCCUGAGAAAAUAUCCUCCUGCGGCGAUGCUGUCUCGCAGAUGCGAGUAUCGGUACCAAAUACCUGGCACGAAAGUCGAAUUACCGGCUGGCAUUCGGGUGAUCAUACCGAUUUACGGACUCCAUCAUGAUCCUGAGUACUAUCCGAAUCCCGCGACGUUCGAUCCAGAGAGAUUCACGGAGGAAAAUAAACGAUCAAGACCACCAUUCACGUAUCUCCCGUUCGGAGAAGGGCCACGCAACUGCAUAGGAAUGCGAUUUGCUCUGCUGCAAAUCAAAGUAGGAAUCAUUUCAUUUCUAAGAAACCAUCGAGUGGAGACCUGCGAACGAACAGCCACACCGAUCAAAUUCAGUAGACGGAGCAAUGUCACGACCAACGAGAAAGGAUUCUGGUUAAGGAUCGUACCAACUUCGUAAAUUCGUCAAUUUCUCCGCUAGCUUUAAAAUAUUUCAAUAAAACAAACGAAACAUCGAUAUUUAAUACACGUUAUACAAUCGAUAAAUAUAUGUACUUUAUAUAAUAUAUAUAUAAUGUAUAUAUAAUGUAUAAUGUACUAUAUACAUAUAAUGUACUUUUCGUACUUAACAUGCAUAUGUGUAAUAUCUUUUCUAUACUUUCUUUUUUAUCACAUUCGAAAGUCAAAAUAACGGUGAUUUAUUCGCUUGACUUUAACGUAAACAAUAUUUCCUGCAACAUCAAGCAGCCGAUUCCAAUAUUUUAUUGAAAAAUAAAAAUAAUUGGAGCUCUUUUUUACUGCUAAAUAUUGUGUCAUUGAUUGACAUAACCUUUAUAACAACAAAAUUUUUAUAUUUUUAUAGAUGUUCUCUCUAUAGUAGAAAGAAAAUAAUUCUCAUCUACUUGGUGUAACAAUGUACAAAUGUCAGAUAUAUGUACAUAAUAUAUUUUAUAAACAAUAAUAAAGUUGUAUAGUAAUUC